UAUAGUCCAUUGGAAACGAGACUAGGAAGGGUCAUGCAGCUGUCAUCCCACGCCCCAGCCCUCUCUUCCAGCGCAGCGCGCAGCCACGGCCCCCCCUCUCCUCCUCGGCUGGGCUGGCAGGCUGCCUUGCUUGCCAUCUCUCCCCUCCCUCCUCCGUCCUCUUAACAUAAUCCUUUGCUCUCGCUGCUCUCUCCUGAGGUAGAGAGAGACCGCGAGGUUAUGGAAGGGGAGAGGUAUACUAGGGAGCCAGAGGGGAGGGGGCAGGCGCAGGAGGUCAGGUCUCUCGGGGAAGCAAACCGGCCCGGCCGAAACCACUAGAGUCCGUGUAGGUUUAGUCUCCUCUCCCGGCCCUUUCUUUGGCCCCCGGACACAAAGGAAGAUCGAUCGGGGGCUUGUUAGUCGAGAGCGAGUCCCAGACACCGGAGCGGAGGGGAAAGGAGACGCGGACGGCAGAUACGCGCGGCGCGUGCGUGCGUCAACGUAAGAUGGCGGCUUCGUCGUCGUCCUCCGGCGCCGGCGGGUCCCCGGCCCACGCGCCCCCGGGCGGCGGCAGCGGCGGCGGCGGCGGCGGGUCCGGGUCCGGGGGCCCGUACCACCACCACCGGUCGCGGUUCGGCGACACGACGCUGACCAAGGUGUUCGUGGGGGGCCUGGCGUGGGAGACGCCGUCCGAGGGGCUGCGCCAGCACUUCGAGGCCUACGGCGAGAUACUCGAGGCCGUCGUCAUCACCGAUCGCGAGACCGGCCGCUCCAAGGGCUACGGCUUCGUGAUCUUCCGGGACCCCGACUCAGCGGCGCGGGCGGUGCAGAACCCGAACCCGGUGAUCGCCGGGCGGCGCGCCAACUGCAACAUUGCGGCGUUCGGCCCGCCGCGGCCCGCGCAGGCGAGAGGUAGAGGAGGAGGAGGAGGAGGAGGAGGAGGCCGCGGGCCCCACGCGCAGGAUCAGCCGCCGCUUGGCGCGCCCUACAGGUUGCCGUCGCAGAUGACCCCGCCGCACGGCCCCGCCCCGGUGUUCUACCAUCCCCAUUACGGGUACUGGUACCCACCUGAUUAUCCAUACCAACAGGCAUUGUACAAUCCUCAAGUGCUGCAACAUUACUACCAGAUGUAUGGUCCAACCUCUCCUUCAGGACCACCCUACCAAUACAUGGGGUACAUGUCUAGUGCCCCGAGUCCAAGGACUAGUUUCUCGCCGAUGCAGCAACCUGCACGGCCACCAUUCUUUCAGCAGCCAGCGGCACAGAUGGAGGGUUCUUUUCAACCAGGGCCUUCACUUCCGCCUAAUUUCAGACUCCAGCUGCCCCCUCAUGCAGUAUCAAGGGAAUCUGAUAAUGCAUCCGGAUCUCAACCAGCUCAGCCAACCUCUUCUGAUGCAGCUACAAGCACAAACAACCAGGAAGCUUCAGGGCCUGUAACGUCAAAUUCAGAUCCAAACACAUCAAACUGACUUGCUGAAAAUCCUGGCAAAACGAUCUGAUGUCAAACUGCUGCAGACUAUUGGUGGUCUGACAGAGUUCCAUGAUACUCACAUCUUGACUGAAAAAGCAUCCAAAGAUUUGUUCUUUCAUUAUUUCCGAUUCUUUUCGAAUUCUUGCAAUGCAUUUAUUCGCUGAAUCCAUUGUAUGGCCAACUGAAUUUCAAGUUCAAAAUCCAGAAAUUCGCCAGAAUAAGUUCCAGUA